AUGCCUCUCCACCAUUUGAUGAUCGGGACCUGGACCCCUCCGGGUGCCAUUUUUACGGUUCAGUUUGACGAUGAAAAGCUCGAGAUCAAGUUGGUCAAGAGGACCGAGAUCCCCAAGGACGAGCCCAUAUCAUGGAUGGCCUUUGACCAUGCCAGGAAAAACAUCUAUGGCUCGGCCAUGAAGAAAUGGUCUAGCUUUGCUGUCAAGAGUCCCACUGAGAUUAUCCAUGAGGCAUCUCAUCCCAUGGGCGGCGAUCCCACCAAGCCCCCCUAUGCAGUCUAUUGCAACCCCUUCUACAAGCCACACGCUGGCUACGGCAAUAUUUUUACCGUCUCGGACACGGGCGCCCUCGCCACCAACGUCCAGGACUACCCGUACCAGCCCGACAGUGGGAUCCACGGAAUGGUCUUUGACCCGCCGACCGAGACCUACCUCUACUCGGCCGACCUGUCGGCGAACCGCCUCUGGGUCCACCGCCGCCACGUGCCCGGCCGGGACCCCGCCCAGGUCGAGCUGGUCGGGUCCAUCGAGGCGCCGGACCCGGGCGACCACCCGCGCUGGGUGGCCAUGCACCCGUCCGGAAAUUACCUGUACGCGCUUAUGGAGGCGGGCAACCGCAUCUGCGAGUACGUCAUCGACCCGCAGACGCACAUGCCCGUAUACACGCACCACUCGUACCCGCUCGUGCCUCCGGGCAUGCCCAAGAAGGACCGCGAGACCGGCAAGGGCUUGUACCGGUCCGACGUCUGCGCCGUCUCGUCGUCGGGCCGCUACCUCUUCGCCAGCGCCCGGUCCAACAGUUUCGACCUGACAGGCUACAUCGCCGCCUUUCGCCUGCGCGACGACGGCUCCAUCGAGAAGCAGCUCUGCCUUAACCCCACCCCGACCAGCGGCGGUCACAGCAACGCCGUGAGCCCCUGCCCCUGGAGCGACGAGUGGGUCGCCAUGACGGACGACGAGCAGGGCUGGAUCGAGAUGUUCAGGUGGGAGGGCGAGUUCCUGGCCAGAGUCGCGAGGCUGAGGAUCCCCGAGCCUGGGUUCGGCAUGAAUGCCAUAUGUCUUUUCCUCUACUUCGCGGCAGGGGCUCUGGCCCUCAUAGUCCCGCGGAGCCAAGAUGGACUAGGCGUCUCACUCGACCCGGCGAGAUCUAUUUUCUCGCGACAGUCAGCCGACCUGCGGUGUGGCAGCCAGAGUCCCGGGGCCUCGACCAAAUGUCCCUUGAACGUCUGCUGCUCAGUGGCUGGCUAUUGUGGUACAUCAGAGGCUUACUGCCUCCCGGCAAACGGGUGCCAGGCCGGCUUUGGAACCUGCCAGGUCCGCACGGCGCCGACGUGCUCGCCCAGCGACAAGUCUUCCAACGGCCGCUCCAUCGGCUACUACCAAGCCGUGGCUGCCCGCCGUUCCUGUGACCGCGUCCUACCGUCCCAGAUCAACACGGCUGGCUACACCCAUCUGUACUUCUCCUUCGUGCUCAUUGAUAAGACAAGCUUUGCUAUCACGCCGGCCGACGCCGCCGACGAGGCGCUCUACUCGCAGUUCACCGCCCUCAAGUCCAAGGGCGUGCAGACGUGGGUGGCCAUUGGCGGGGGCGAGUUCAACACGUUCAACCCCAACGAUCCGGAGAGGUAUAAGAUAUGGAGUCGCAUGGCUGCCGGCGCAACUUCCCGUGCCCAGUUUAUUCGCUCACUCGUAAGCUUCAUGGAGCGGUACGGGUUCCAGGGCGCCGACCUUGACUGGGAAUGGCCGACAGACCCGAAUAGGGGUGGCUCUCCCACCGAUACGGCCAACUACGUCAGCCUUGUCCGUGAGCUGCGUGCUGCUUUUGGUACCCAGUAUGGCCUGAGCAUGGCGAUACCGGCAGACUGGGGCUCGCUGCUUUAUUUUGACGUGCAAGCGAUGCAUCCGUAUCUUGAUACCAUUGGCUUGAUGUCCUAUGAUCUCCGAUCAUUUGAGCACUCCACAGAUGGCUUGAUUCGCGCCCAGACAGACAUUCGUGACAUCACCGAGUUCAUCAAGCCGCUUUGGUAUUCCUCCGUACCCGCCGCCAAGAUCAACCUGGGCCUGGCCUCGUACGGUCGCGGUUACACGCUCAGCAGCUCCUCGUGCACCUCUCUCGACGCCAACUGCCGCUUCAGCGGCCCGAGCGCCGGUGGCGAUUGCCAGCGCAGCCCCGGGGUCCUGUCUCUCAACGAGAUCAACCGCAUCGUCGCGGCUCGCGGUCUGACCCCUCGGUACGACAGCAAUGCCAUGGUCAAACAGCUGAGCUGGGACGAUCAGUGGGUCGGUUACGACGACGCGCAGACCUGGGCCGCCAAGAAGACGUGGGCCGACAGCGUGUGUAUUGGGGGAACGAUGGUGUGGGCCACCGACUUCACCACGCUCCCGGGACCUAUCAGUGCCGCCCCCAACCCGGUGACGACGGACGGCAGUUCCUCGGCCCACUGUGGAAACGGCUGCCAGUCUGGAAACUGUAAUUCGCCUGGCGCAGGAAACUGUGCGGUAGUUGGCCUGACGGCGGGUGCUGCUCAAGCGCAGGAUGGUGUGGCCGUUCAACAGCCCAUUGUGGCACUGGCUGUCAAUCCGGCUGCUCAUAGACGUGCUAGGAAAUAG